AGGAUGCAGUUUCCAUGACAACCUGGCCAGCAGAAAGGGGGUGGGGACUGCAGAGGGAAUUUUCCACAUCAGCAGGAAGGAGCCGUGUGGGCUGCAGAGGAAAGAACCGCCAGGAGGGCGGGCGCAGCAGGCCAGCAGCCCCUGGUCCCCACGGCCAGAGGGCAGAGGGCACGCAGGGAAGGAUCCUCCUCCUGCCCCAUUCUGGCAAACCCACCUCCCGCCACUGUGCGGGAGGUUCAGGAGAGGGACAAGGGUCAACUGUCCAAAGAUCAGCAGCUGUCCAGGCCUUGCGAAGGGGGCAGUAGGCAGCACAGGAGCUCCUGCCAGACAGCCAGAUUCAAGGGCAUGGCCCAGGAUAAGUUCCCUCGGAAGGUGGGGGUGGUGGGCUAUGGCCGCCUCGGACAAUCCCUCGUCUCCCACCUUCUGGCUCAGGGAUCCGAACUGGGUCUAGAGCUUGUUUUUGUCUGGAAUCGUGACCCAGGACGGAUGGCAGGGAGUGUGCCCUCUUCUCUGCAGCUCCGGAACCUUGCUGCCCUUGGGGAAAGGCACCCUGAUCUUGUGAUAGAAGUGGCCCAUCCCCAAAUAAUCCAUGAAUUUGGGGCACAAAUCCUGCGCCAUGCCAACCUCCUGGUGGGGUCCCCCUCAGCCCUGGCUGACCAGACUACAGAGAGGCAGCUCCUGGAGGCCUCACACCUCUGGAACCAUGCUGUGUUUGUGGCCCGAGGGGCUCUAUGGGGAACUGAGGACAUCACCAGGUUAGAUGCAGCAGGAGGCCUCCAGAGCCUCCGUGUCACUAUGGCCACACACCCAGACGGCUUUCGGCUCCAGGAACCCCUGGCUUCAGUCCAUAUCACUGGGCCUCGCACUGUGCUCUAUGAAGGUCCUGUGCGUGGACUCUGCCCAUUUGCCCCCCGAAACUCCAACACGAUGGCAGCCGCUGCCCUAGCUGCCCCUAGCCUGGGCUUUGACAAUGUGAUUGGGGUGCUUGUGGCAGAUCUCAGCCUCACAGACAUGCACAUGGUGGACGUGGAGCUGAGAGGCCCCCCAGGCCCCACAGGUCGAAGCUUUACUGUGCACACCCACCGAGAGAACCCUGCUGAGCCAGGCGCUGUGACGGGCUCCGCCACAGUCACAGCCUUCUGGCGCAGCCUUCUGGGUGCGGAUGCUGCCAGCUUCCCUCCAGGCCCGGGAUCCAUCUCUGCUAAGAAGCCUCUUUCGCCCAAGAGGACAUCUUGACUGACUGAUCUCCCCACACCUCUGCCCCACUCUAGUCCUGGCCGCACUUCCCCAGGAGCUCCCUACUCUCAGUAAAGAUCAGACACUU